UCUGUCGAUUAGUCUUCGUUACCUUCCUACUGAUACUCAAUCACUCAACAAACUUGAUACACCUUGUUAUUAUUUUGCAUUUGUCGAUAAUCGUUCUUCUAUACGAGUGAAAAAAAGGGUUCGGUCUUUGGUGGUAAAAUCUGUUUCGUUCACGUUCGUUACAACUUAUGUGUAUAUUGUCGACGGUGAUAGUGGUCUAAACAACUAAGAAAACUAUUUGUUUAAAAUUUUGUUGUGGAUCAUAUACUGCAUUACAUUUCUGUCGAAAACGUUAUUUUUUUUUUUUUAUGAAGAUCUAAGUCAAUUUUAUCUUGAACCGGAUUUUUUCAUAACAUACGUUAACCUGUUGCACGUGCUCACGAUAAUUGUUUUGAUUGACAGUAGGUUUCGAGAUUAUAUAAACUGAUAAACAAUAAAUUUCGAAGUGUCUCUGUUGGACUGCGAUCAUUGUGCAUAGUGAUUUUUAAUUAAUCGUACUGAUCGAUAAUCGAUGACAAGUGAUUGGUGAAGUGCGUAAUAUCCCAUGAUCGUAUAUUCAAGUUGAACGCAGAGAAUACAAUUAAGGAAAUUGGAUAUAUACGUAAACCAUACAGUUAAACAGAUUCUUGUCUAGAUCAGACAUUUUAAUAAUACUGGCAUUUUUAAAAGUGAACGAAAAAAAAGGUCUAACGUCUCGAUGCUGGAGUGUGCUAAUGUUGUACAAUAGCAUGCAGUUCGCAUAUUGCUACACGUGGAACCGAGAAAUCAUUGUCAAUUCCCAGAAACUUGUAAAAAGACGUUGAAUCGCGGCAAUUUGUGUCCCAUUGGACUUAGUUGUUUUACAUCGACGAACACCACCAUAUCAUUCAGUCAAAAACAGUUUUUUUUUUUUUUUAAUUUUAUUUAUUUAUAAUAUACAUAUAUAUUCCUCUCUCUUUUUUAAAAUAAGGAUUCAGACAAAAAUAGACGCACGUGAUAAUGGCUGCUGUAUGUUAUAGUGAGCCUUUUUCAGAUUGGUUAGAAGAAAAGAUAGAAUUGCCUAUUUUUGAAGAACUGCCAAUUGUUGAAAGUGGACAAAUCAAGACAACAUAUAAUGGAAUUCCAAAACCCCCCCAACAAGAUGAUACACAAACUCUCUUACAAGAAUUUGAAACAGUUUUGGGAGAUGUGGAAGCUUGUCAUCAAACAGUCCCUUCAUCAAGUUCUACUCUUACACCUCCUCAGUCACCUCCACCACAUAGAGCAUUAAAUGUGGAUACCCAGUUACUUGUUACUUUACAACCUGUACAACCAUUAUAUUCUAAUCAUCAGCCUAUAUAUAACAUAGUAGUUCCAGAGGAAAAAUCAUAUGUAAAUGAAGUACCUGUACAAUGGCAUACAAAAAAUGUACCAUUAGAUCCAUUAAAUACAGAUGCUGCACAUGACUUGGCUGUAGUGGAUGAAUAUGUACGUCUAUAUGCAGAAGAUAUUCCACCAUCUAGUCCUUGUACUAGCUCUGGUGGCAGUUACAUUUCAUCAGAAGAUUCUGUAGACGACCCAGAUUGGAUUUUAGAAUCCGGAAAAAAGAGUACGAAACAAUCUACAUGUGCUCCAACGAAAAAUCGUCAGAAACCUUAUUCCCGUCCAUCAAUCGAAGAUAAAAAAGUUCGAAAAAAAGAACAAAACAAGAAUGCAGCAACACGAUACAGACAGAAAAAAAAGCAAGAAAUAAAAGAGAUAUUAGGUGAAGAACGUGAGCUGACUGAACACAAUGAAAAAUUAAAAAAUCAAGUAACAGACUUACAACGAGAAAUUGGGUAUUUAAAGGGUUUGAUGAGAGAUUUAUUUAGAGCUAAGGGUCUUAUCAAAUAAUCCAUUUGUAUCCAUAUAGUUAUGUUUACUCGUUUUUAUUAAAUUUAUUAAUCAUACUUUUGACACUAACUAUUAUACAAUAAUACUAAUAUGUUACAGCAUAUAGACUUAGAUUAUUAAAUGUUAUUUUCUUCUCUUUAACUAGCUCACGUAUAUGAUUAUCAAUCUAAGAUCAACUUUUUAGUAGGACUACAGAAUUGUUGUGUAAUUUAUAAAUUGUGUACCAUUUUCAACUCAUUCAUGGUCCGUUAAUAAACAAGAUGCAUUAAAUAAUAACAGAAUUUGUGAAGUAUACAGCCCCAUGAAACUCAUUUGAGUGGAAAUUUGCUGUUACUAAAAAUUCUACUUGUGAUUUAAUACAUCUUAAUUAUGCAAAUUUUUCAUUCCAAACAAUUCUAACCCAAUCGUUUUUAAUUUUCUUAAAAAAAAAAUUGUAUUAAAAAAUAAUAAAUGGGUUAUUAUGCAAUAAAUGUUGACAUUAUUGUCAAA